AUGAGAUCAGUUAAAUAUGAAGCCGGGGCUGCUACCAACUAUAUUACUCGACCACGAGCCUUAAGGAAAUUGCAGUUAUCUUUGAAAGAUUUCCGUCGUCUUUGCAUUCUCAAAGGUAUUUAUCCACAUGAGCCGCUUCAUAAAAAGAAGGUCAACAAAGGAUCGACUGAAAAUCGGAUAUAUUACUAUGUGAAGGAUAUCAAUUUUUUGGCAUGUGAGCCGAUUAUUAAAAAAUUUCGAGAAUAUAAGAUUUUCUUGAAAAAAUUGACCAAAGCAAAAGCGAAACGAGAAGAAGAUCGUGUCAAAAAAUUAUAUGAAAGACGCCCUGAAUACCAGCUAGAUCAUAUUGUAAAAGAAAGAUAUCCAACUUUCGAAUCAGCUCUUCGGGAUUUGGAUGAUGCCUUAUGUUUACUUUUUGCUUAUUCAGUCUUGCCACGCUCUAAAAUUAUACCUACCGCUUUAGUUGCUUCGGCUCGCAGGCACUCAGCAAGUUUAGUUUUCGUCUCAAUCAAAGGAAUUUAUUAUGAAGCAGAAGUGAUAGGUGAGAGGGUAACAUGGAUUGUUGGUCAUGAUAGAGGUGUGGGUCAUGUAAAUGAGGUUGAUUUCUCAGUGUUGUCCACAUUUGCUGAAUUUUACAUUUCAAUGCUUGAAUUCGUCAAUUAUCGACUAUAUCACUCAGUUGGACUUUUUUAUCCUCCUAAACUUGCUUUUAAAUCAGAGAAGUUGAAACUUUGUUACUGUGAUGAUGGUGAUGAAAUCGAGGAGGAAAGAAUAUAUAGUCUUGCCUAUCCACUAUCGAAAUCUGAAAAUCAUGAGGAACAAAUUGAUGUGAAUAUUGAUGAUCCUUUUGUCAAUGAAUUGAAUGAAAAAUUACGUGAUAAUGAAAAGAAAAAACAGCUUUUCAUAAAUUGUCGAUUUUGGCUGAAUCGUGAAGUUCCAAAAGAUGUUCUUGCAAUUAUUAUAAGGCUAUCAGGAAAAUGCUGCAUUUUCAGAAGUUGUGGAGGAUUCGUCUCUUGGGAAAAUUGUCCAGUAGCACAAUAUAACGAAAAUGAUGAAAGAAUUACUCAUCAAGUAAUUGACAGGCCAUUGCCAAAUAAUGUCAGGAAUAUUAAUAGAUGUUACAUACAGCCACAGUGGAUUUUUGACAGCUUCAACAAACGAACUCGUCUUCCGGUAAACAAGUACCUUCCUGGUGCAGUUUUACCACCUCACUUAUCACCCUUUUCUAGUGAUUAUAAUGCCUAUGAGGAACAACUAGAACAACUUAAGUUGCUGAGCAAAGCACCAACGAAUGUAUCGACAAAAACAAAGAAAGCAAAAGAAGUUCUGUCAACAGAAAAAGCAGAAGAAGCUAAGAAAAAACCAAAUAUGAAAGUCAGGAAAGGCCGAAUGCAUAGAGAGAACAUGCAGCAAAAACUUAAUGAACAAGGGCAUGAACUGAAGUUACGUGAGAUGUUGCUACCAAAGAAGCGUAAAAGGGUUUAUUCAAAAAUUAAGCGUGGAAUCAAGCGUCGAGUUCGUGAGGAGAACAAGCUGAAUGAGAAAAGGUUGAAAUUGCUGGAAGCUGCUAACUGA